AAGUAAUUUCACAUGCGCCGUAUUGUUCAAUGGGAAACACAGCAUCAAACUCAGUUAAAUCUGCAGGGACAAAAGCAAAAAUCCCCUCAUAUGUACCAUCACCUUUCUUCGCCGCAUUAUUCUCCAUGUAAUUAUCUGCUGAUGUUUACCGUCCUCUUUGCAUAGCCCCGGUCACAUGAGGAAGUCUUGGCCAAUAAGAGCCAACCUCUGCACUCCUGUGCGCGUCAGAGCGGCUUUUACUCACUGAGAGCCCCACCAUCUCCUUUUUUCAGUCACUGGUCUUUUUUAAAAAGAGUCAGAAGCUUCCGAUGUUGGAUGCCGUGCUAUGACAACGUCACUGCUCCUCCGUCCUCGCUGGGUCGACCCGUCGGUGAUGUUCCUCUAUGACAACAGCGGCGGAACCGACGAAGCGAGCAAAAACAUGGAGGGUUUCCCGGGUGGCAACUUCGCCGCGAAUCAGUGCAGGAAUCUGAUGGCGCACCCCGCGUCCCUGGCACCCAGCGCCGCUGCGGCUUAUUCCUCCGGGGACGUGCCCUCCUCCGGUGUGGGCGAACCAGUGAAGCAGUGCAGCCCCUGUUCAGCGGCUCAAAAUUCCACCAGCGCGUCUCUGCCCUACGGGUACUUCGGCUACCCGUGCAGGAUGUCGCAUCACAGCGGCAUUAAGUCAUGCGGAGCACAGCCACCUUCUGCGUAUGGGGAGAAAUACAUGGACACGGCUGCCUCGGGAGAGGAGUUCUCAUCUCGGGCGAAGGAAUUUGCUUUCUAUCCAACUUACCCUUCUGGGCCAUACCAACCUGUCCCAAGUUACCUCGACGUGCCCGUGGUUCCUACAAUCAGCGCUUCGUCAGAAGCCAGACAUGAGUCCCUGCUGCCUAUGGAGAGCUACCAACCUUGGACUCUCGCCCCCAACGGGUGGAACAGCCAGGUUUAUUGCGCCAAGGAGCAGCCUCAGCCUGGACACAUGUGGAAGUCCUCUCUCCCAGACGCAGUGUCCCACGCAGCAGGAGACGUCGGCUCGUUCCGGCGCGGGAGAAAGAAGCGCGUGCCAUACACCAAGGUGCAACUGAAGGAGCUCGAGCGAGAGUACGCCGCCAAUAAAUUCAUCACGAAGGACAAACGGAGGCGGAUAUCUGCCCAGACCAACUUGUCUGAGCGGCAGGUCACGAUAUGGUUUCAGAACAGACGAGUCAAGGAGAAAAAGAUUGUCAACAAACUGAAAACGAUCAGCUAGUUGAUUAUCAUUUCUGAUUGCUGUUAUUAAUAUUAUAUGGGACAUAAUCUGCUGGAGAUGUACAGGCCUGCGGGUGUUUGGACACGUGGAUUUGGACACCGUGCUCCUUGCUGACUGAACAUGAUUCAAAUUUGUUGUAGGCAAAUGAUUUCCGGGAGCCUCUGGAACAAACUUUCCUGGGGCCUCUGAAGGCCGGACCAUCCUUUUCCUGCCUCUUGUUAAAUAUUCAAUUGGAGAGAGAGCUUGAGACAAUAUACAAAUAUAGUGCCAGCAUGUGUGGCUUUUUUUUCUCCAAAAUAUAUAUUUCCAUUUUGUUUUUAGUUUUUUUUAGUUUUUUUGUUUGCCAUGCCUCUGUUCACAGAGGUGUGCGCCACCGAGCUACACCUUAAUCUUUUAACAAGGGCAAUAAAUAGACGAGUCACAGGAAAUUCUGCCGUUCUGGGGGGAUUUGGACCUUGGAAAUGUUAAAUAUUAAACCAUCCUGGCUUCCUUUUUUAAAGCCUGUUCUCGUGCUUAGCUUGUAUGAAGUCUAUAGUCUUACCAUAUGGAUCCUCCAUGCUUUCGUUCAUAUGCAGUCCAUGGUGCAAUUCCUAUUGUAAUACUUAUAAAUAUUUCGUCCAGGAGAUGUGCUUGUACCAAUCAUAACUCCUGCAAUGUACGUGUGUGUCUUCAUGUGGUUGUAUAUCAGUGUAAAAGUAAAUCCCAGCAUGAUAUCCAUGUUAUGUGUGUAUGAAUGUGAGAGUGCGUAUGGUUGGUGUUAAAAGUCCGUCUCUGCAAUAAAAUGUGGACUUGG